GAGGGCAUUCCUGGUCUGAUCAGUACCCUAGUUCCCGAGCCGCCAGUUGUAGUCAGUCUACGUAACAAGCCAAACGUCUACCAGGUCAUUCGCUAAUUUGGACCCUCUAGAAGGACCCUUUUAACGUCUCGUUUGGAAUUGUCGAGAAGGGACUCACGGAACCGCUAUGGGGGGCGCGGAGACCAACUACCCGAGUGUUCUAACGCCUGAACAGCUGGAGAAGUAUCAUCGCGAAGGAUGCCUGGCGGUGCCUGGGUUCCUGACGGCGGAGGAGGCGGAUUCGCUGAGGACCGCUUGCCGUCGAGUCAUAAACGAGAUGAACCCCAAAGACCACCAGCGCACGGUAUUUUCUACCACAGAUCACGAACAAUCCCGCAACGCUUAUUUCCUCAAUAGCGGUGAUAAUGUGAGUUUUUUCUUCGAGCAAGAUGCACUGGACGAUAAGGGUGAACUUAAGGUGGAGAAGCACCUGUCACUGAACAAGAUCGGCCACGCCCUUCACUGGCUUGUUCCUGAGUUCAAGCGGAUCUCCUUCAGUGAGAAGAUCAAGGGCGUCGCCAAACAGCUAAACUUCGUGUCUCCAGCGGUCGUGCAGUCCAUGUACAUCUUUAAACAGCCUGGCAUUGGUGGGGAAGUGACCCCCCAUAAGGACUGUACAUUCCUGUCCACGGAACCACAGAGCUGCGUUGGUUUCUGGUUUGCCUUGGAAGAUGUAACACUAGAGAACGGCUGCCUCUGGUAUAGUCCUGGCUCUCAUAACCAACCUACACAGCGAAGGUUCAUCCGUAACCCAGACAAGACAGGACCUCUGACUGUCUUUUCUCACCCACCGGAUCCUGAUGACCCUAGUAAAUAUGUAUCUGUGCCAGUGCCAAAAGGGUCGCUGGUUCUUAUCAACGGACAGGUGGACCACAAGAGUGCUAAAAACACUUCGCCAAAUUCUCGGCACAUCUAUACUUUCCAUGUCAUUGAACGCCACAGUACCAAAUGGGACGAGAGGAACUGGCUUCAACCCACUCCCCGCAUGCCUUUCACGGGACUUUAUGAGAAUUAAUUACAAACUUGUAGCUGCAGCUCGUAAGUAGGUCAAAGACAAAUCAAUAUACUCAAUAAAUGUAUGUGCAAUA